UUGAAAAUAUUCAUUCUUCAUGGUAUCAGAGUCAAAAAUCCUAAUUCCCAAACCCUAAUUCUCUCCCGGCUCUCUCCCUUGGCGCUGCUCUCUCCCUCUCUCGGCCUUACUACCGCAGCAGCCCCACCCUCCUCCUCCGUCGUCUCUCUCUCUCUCUCUCUCCUCAUGGACUCCGACAAGACGACGGACAAAUCUCCCUCCACCACCUCCUCAAAUUCUCCCCACUUGGCGUUCACGGCUAUAUCUAACGUCAAGCUUCACGUCCCCAUACAGUUGAGUUUUUCUCAACCUAAUUACAAAAAAUGGAGCCGUCUUUUCUUGCUCCUUGUUCGACGGUUUAAUCUCCACGGGUUUCUCUCCGGCUCUAAGAUCCCUUCUUCCGCCGACGACGACGAAUGGUUUCAACUUGAUGCCGUGCUUCAAGGUUGGAUUCUCUCCACGGUGACCGAUGAGGUCUCCGACUUGGUCAUCUCCUCCACUUCAACGGCCUCCGAACUUUGGCACAUGAUUCAUGCUCUCUUCCACGACAACAAACCGGCUCGAGCUAUGCAAUUGGAACACCAAUUCCGCACUACGGUCAAAGGAACUAUGUCCAUGGCCACAUAUUGUCAAACUCUCCGGAACAUGGCUGAUUGGCUAGAUGACGUCGACGCCCCGGUCUCCGAAUCACAGCUGGUGCUCCAACUUUUACGGGGUUUACCGGAUGAUCUCUAAGCCCAAACAUCUUGGAUGCAAUUUCAACAGCCCCAACCCACUUUUCUCCAAGUCCGAUCGGCGUUAUUGCUCCUU